CAUUAAAAUGACAUUUGUACUAAGUAUCAAAAUUUAAUUUUGAAAUAAAAUAAUUAUGACUGAGCCAAAUUUAAAGAAAUUAGGAAGUCCUGAUUUUAACGCCGAAAAAUAUGUAAAAGAAUUAACACAAAAGUGUGUCGGUGGGCAGGAACUUCAACGAGUACGAAAUAAAAUUCAAGCUUUGACUAGCGAAGCUAGUGGGGCCUUAAAAAAGAAUGUAUACCAAAAUUAUGUUCAAUUUAUUGAUACUGCAAAAGAAAUUUCUCAUAUGGAAAGUGAAAUGUAUCAACUUUCUCAUAUGCUAACAGAACAACGGUCACUACUAGCAGAAUUGGCAUCCACAUCAAUUUUAGAAAACGAUAAUAUCAAGGAAAAUGUUAAAGAAUCAAAUGAGGAGAAAACUGAUGAUAAAGAAAAAGAAUCAGUAACACAGGAACAAGAGGAAGAAAAACGUCGUCGAACUUUAACUACAAUAUUAGAGAAAGUUGAGGGAUGUAUGAGUCUUUUAGAACCAUCAAGUCGUUCCUUAACUCACGAGGGUGAUUUACUAGAAUUGGAUCCAGUUGAGAAUACAGCCUUGCAACGAUGUCAUGCGUAUUUAUUUAACGAUUGUUUCAUGUUAACAACAUGGAUUCCAAAUAGACGUGGUCCUAUGCGGUAUAAAUUUGAAAAAAUGUACGAAUUAGGAAGUUUGGCUGUUGUUAAUGUUCGAGAUUUGGGAUCAGUGAAAUUUGCUUUUAAACUCCUUGCAUUUCCAGACACCAAAGUUUUCCAAUGUUCUUCCAACAGCAGUAAAAAAGAAUGGUUAGACAAAUUUGAUCAAGUAAAGAAAGCGAGACGUACUCAAGAGCAAAUAAAAAGAGAAGGGACCACUGGAACAGAACGAUCACCUUCACGUACCGCUUCUAUUGAUUCGCCGAUCGGAAAUCCAUUUUUAAAUGAACCUGAUUUUGAGGGUAUCGAAAUUCCUGAAUGGGUAUUAGAAGUGGCUGAAGAAUUGGACGUACUUCUUGCUCAGAGACAUCAUGAAGAGGCUCUUGAAUUAUUGGAACGUGCUCAAGAAUUCAUAACCAACCUAAAAACACCUGAUCAUUCCUUGGAUAAUAAAAUUUUAGAUAUAAAACAAAAGAUGGAUGUAAGGCGACGUUCCUUAGUAGAUGUUUUGAUGAAAGAAUUGGAAGUUAGCCCAGGAAAAUCGUUACAAGGAGGUUUAAGAGCAACUAGACGUCCAGUUCGAUUGUUAAAGAUGCUAGGAAAGUCAUCACAGGCAUGUGAUUUAUUUUUACAAUUAUGCAGUAGCAUACUUAAAAUUCAUACAAAACAUGUAAAACGUGAAGGUUCAACUACAGUGUAUGUUAAACAUUUAGCGGCUGUCGUAUUUUCAAAUAUGGCUGAAAUGACUGAAGAAUUUUUACGUGCUUUUCCAAAUUCACCUCCAUGCGCAUCAGCUUUCAUAGUUUGGGUUAGUACAGAAGUUGGUAUUUUUACUUCGCAUAUUAUAAAACAACUGUUUCAUUCACAACAAACGAUUUCCGUUCUUGCUGAAUGUAUUUUGACGACAAGAACGGAGGCUGAACAACUUUGGGAUUAUGGUAUUGAUAUAGUUUACCAAAUAACUGGAGCUAUUCGUGCACCAUUGUCACGAUCAUUAAGUGAUUGUCGUGAUAAAUUAGUUGAUGCUGCGCGUUUACGUGCAGCCGAAGAUUUAUGGAGACCUACUAAUUUAGGAACAAAUACAGCUUUAACAAAAACAUUAAAUCAGUAUUCGGAUUUAGGUUUGGAUUUAAGUGGUUAUACUGCAGGUGAAUGUUGGAUUGAGUUAACAAAUAACACUUUAUAUUUUGUGAAAAUGUAUUUAACGUUGUUAGAAGAUUGUUUAAAAUUAUCUUCGCCUGAAUUACAAUAUAACUUAGACGAAACGUUAUUUGAUGUAUUUCAAGCACAAUUAAAACAUGUUGAAAUAUCCAUACGAAAUGAAAAUAAACCAGAGGCGAAAAAGUUUAUGAUCAAAAAUGGACUCUUUCUUUUAAACGACUUACUUCCAUUAGUUGAAAAAAAAUAUUUGACGAGUUGUAAUUUUAACUGUGAAAUGUUAGGACGUCUUCGUGAUGAAUUUUGUAAUAUUAAAAAAAUUACAACACCAAUUACAAAGUAUUCUAGUAACGAAUAUUUAUAGAAGUAAUUGUCACUGCCUAUAUUAUUAUAUAUUC